CCAUCACUUCCGAUGAAACAAACCGACGCUUUAAUUUCCGCUAGACAGGUGUCUGGCCGCUUGCGAAUCUCAUUCGCAAUAUCGUCUCUGCCAUUUGUCUUCGAUUUCUUCGUCUAGGUAUUCUGGGUAGCUUCACUUGCUUCAGAUCCAACCCUGCAGCCGCCCUACCGCAUCGGCUAUACUAUUCCGAUCGCUACUAUGUCUGAGUCGCCGCCUCCACCCUCGUGGACUAUCGCCAGCAUGGCCAAUAGCGCCGUCCAAUUUUUGCGAUUACCGGUUUUGGCCUCAUCUGGUCUCGCUGUUGUAGCCAGUGGUCUGUUGUACUUUAAGCAGAAUGAACUGAUCUAUCCUCGAAAUGUCCCUGUUGACGCCCGCACCAAUGUUCCCAAGCCACAGCAAUUUGGCAUCACAGAUUACGAAGAACUCCAUCUUCCUACCCCGGACGGGGAAACACUACAUGCCCUCUUCAUUCGUCCUACACGCAAACGAAUCUCCCAAGACCUUACAGUGUUAAUGUUCCAUGGGAAUGCGGGAAAUAUCGGCCAUCGUGUACCCAUCGCCAAGAUACUACAAGAGAUCCUAGGUUGCAAUGUGUUGAUGCUGGAGUAUCGCGGCUACGGUCUUUCGACCGGUACACCGGAUGAGGCAGGCUUAAAAGUUGAUGCGCAAACCGGUCUAGAUUAUCUGCGACAAAGGGCCGAGACCAAAGAUAGCCAGAUUAUCGUCUAUGGGCAGAGCCUGGGCGGAGCGGUUGCGAUUGACCUUGUCGCCAAGAACCAAGACAAUGGAGCAAUCGCCGGUCUAAUCCUCGAGAACACCUUCCUGAGCAUUCGCAAGUUAAUUCCCACGGUCUUUCCUCCCGCGCGAUAUCUCGCUCGCUUUUGCCAUCAAUAUUGGACAAGCGAAGAUGUAUUGCCCAAAAUUACGAAAGUGCCUAUUCUUUUCCUCAGUGGGUUGAAGGAUGAAAUAGUACCUCCGUCCAAUAUGACCCAACUCUUCGCCAUCUGCAAGUCCAGCCGCAAAGUCUGGCGUACUCUCCCCAAUGGUGGUCACAACGAUAGUGUUGCCGAACCGGGGUAUUUUGAACAUAUUCACUCUUUCAUCAUGGAGGAGAUCGUCCGGCAUGAGUAGUGAAGGAACUGUCCAUCUCUUGAUUUCUAGUAAUCGGUGGUUUGCUGUUUCUGUGAUGAUAUCAUGUGUUUCUUAGCACUAGUUCCGGGCUUCACGAUUGCUCAAUGUUCCUGUGACUUUACUUUAUUCUUGUUGACUUGCCCUUGCGUUGUUUAUUAGAGUGGUGUUCAGGAUGCUUCUGGUUGGCUGCCUUCAUCUUUGUUUGUUUUCAGGAUUCGAUAUUUGAAAUGCGUUAUGGAAUCCGCUUGUUUUUUACAAGAGAUAUUUAGCUCAGCAACUAAUGAACAAAACUUCCGAUCAG